AGGCGAAGGUCCCGAGAGGGGCGCAGCCUGGCCUGCGGCAGAGGCGGGUCGGGCCUACGCCAGGGCUCCAGAGCCUCCUGGAGAGGGCAGAAGGGGCUGUCCCGCAGGCCUAGUGGGCGCCGAGGAGGUGAUCGGCAGGGCUGGGAGCCGAGCCUCUCUAGUUGGGAGGCGCUGGGUUCUGGCUGUGGCCGCUCGGGGACCGGGCGCGGGGAUCCGGAGCCGGUGAGGACCAGAGCGGUCCUCCGGACUCUGAGCACCACGGACUGUUGAAGCCUGGAAGUCCCUCCCCUCCCCCUCCCCUCUGCCGCUUUGUGGCAUUCCCCUCCCUCUACCUUCUCCUACUUUGAUAACCUGGCUAUGACUAGCAGAAGUACAGCCAGGCCCAAUGGGCAGCCCCAGGCCAGCAAAAUAUGCCAAUUCAAAUUGGUCCUGCUGGGAGAAUCUGCGGUGGGGAAGUCUAGCCUGGUGUUACGUUUUGUCAAAGGACAGUUCCAUGAAUACCAGGAAAGUACCAUUGGAGCGGCCUUCCUCACCCAAUCCGUGUGUCUAGAUGACACAACAGUCAAGUUUGAGAUCUGGGACACUGCUGGGCAGGAGCGAUAUCACAGUUUAGCCCCUAUGUACUACAGGGGUGCCCAGGCUGCCAUCGUGGUCUAUGACAUUACUAACCAGGAAACAUUUGCCCGGGCAAAGACAUGGGUAAAGGAACUACAGCGGCAAGCCAGCCCUAGUAUCGUUAUUGCCUUGGCAGGGAACAAAGCCGACCUUGCCAACAAGCGCAUGGUGGAGUAUGAAGAGGCUCAAGCAUAUGCAGAUGACAACAGCUUAUUGUUUAUGGAGACUUCAGCUAAGACUGCUAUGAACGUCAAUGACCUCUUCCUGGCAAUAGCAAAGAAGUUGCCAAAGAGUGAACCCCAGAAUCUGGGGGGUGCAGCAGGCCGAAGUCGGGGCGUGGAUCUUCAUGAGCAGUCCCAGCAGAACAAGAGCCAGUGUUGUAGCAACUGAGGGGUGGCUAGCAGCAAAUAUGUCUGGAGUGAGCACGAGAGCUAAGAAGUAACCUCCAUCCCCACCCUCAGCACACAGAGCCCUGGCUCCCGAGGGCUGCCUCCCGACAGCUCCGUCACGGCACUUUUAAUGCUUCAGCAACCAACACCAGGCAGCUGUUGCCACUACUAGGCCCUGCUCUGGGGUUUGGGGUCAAAUCUCCCCAGGACCUUCCUUCCAAAACAAACUUUCUUCACUUGGUGUUCUAGGUGCAAGACAGUGGCCUCCUCAUUGUCCCCACCGACCCCUGUGUUCCCCAGGGUUUUGGAGAAGACUUGUCUCCUGCUUCCCUCUCCCUCUCAUCGUCACUCCCUCUUCUUGAUCCUGUUUCCUCCUCUGUACAAGAUGAUGAAGGGUAAUCCCAGGGCCUGAGAAGGGAGGAAUAUACAUUUAGUUACAUUAAAGACCUUGUGGAGAAAGUAAGGCUCAGAGCAGGAGGGAGUAAGGAAACAUUUCUUUUCAUUUUAUUUAUCUGGUAAGCGUUUCUUGUCUAUGAAACACUGUGGCACCAAUGAGUUGGACUUGUGGAGGGGGUUCCUAGGUAGGAGUGAGAACAGGGAGUCAAGCUCGCAGGCACUGAGUGGGAGUUUAUUAGUUAAUAGGACAAAGGUCGAGGUGCAGUGUCAUCUGUGGCUCUGGAACUUGUCCCAAGGCUGUUUUCCCCUUUGUCCCCAUCCACUAACCCCACUCAAGUGUGGGGAUUGGACCUCAGAGUGCUCCAAAGAAUCUUCACUGGUUGCCUGCACCUUUAGCUCUGCUGUGAUCUAAUUGGAGGAGGUACCAGUUUCUGAUACCAUCCUCUGAGGCCUAUGUAUACAUAGGCAUUUCCCCUACCCUGGCCUUGAGAUGGCCUUAACCCCAGACACCAUGCCCCUGCAGUUUGCACUUUAAUUGAUGGUAGUUUGGUCAAGAUACAUGUUUUUUUGGGGGGUGGGGGGGAUUGAUUGAUUUGCCUAUCCUUCAACCAUUUUAAUUAAAUGGGAUCUACAAUGAAUGAGGUUUGGCCCUAUAGAAGACAGGAACAGUGGCAGCUGCUCACGCCCAGUCUCCACUGCUAAGCUUCCUCUGACUGAUUCAUACCUCUAUUCUUGGGUAUAGGUUUGUCUGAGCAGCUGGGGAGUGGCCUCAGAAUAGCAUGGGCCAUGGUAAUGGUAGUGGAGUAAAGAAAGGUCAGGCAAAAGGAGUGUUCUAUCUUCCCAGGGUUCACAUUCAAUUUGCUAUGUCUUACCAUGUCUUUUCUACUUCCCUGUAAAUACGUAUGUCUUUACUCUCUGUACAGUCUGUUCUGGCCCCUGGUUCCCAUUAGCCCUCUUUUCUCCUUUUGUUAAUAUCUUGGGUUUAGUUCCUCCUUCAUCCUGCCCCCCAUCACACACACACACACACCCUUACUCUUACUUAAACCAUGUACCACUAGGGGCUCCUACCACAGAGGUUGCUUGUCCAAUGGCAGGGCAGCUAGAACUGAAGGUGCCUCACAACUGCCUUGUGUCAUCAGAGGGCUUUGGUCCUUCCUAAGUCUCUGGCCUCUCUACAUCCUUCCUAUAUUAGGUGUUUGAGGGUGUCUACGGGAAGCCAUCAAAGCAAGAGGAAACUUGAUAUUUUAGCUAGAGUUUGAGAGAAAUUUGCAGAAGACAGACCACGGUAACCUAGAGUUGAACAUCUCUGCCCCUUUUUGGCUUAGGGAUGGACUUGUAUUCCAGAGAAGCCAAGGAGUCCAUGGAACCAAGGCUCUCAAGGACCCGGUUUAGGUUCUUCCACUUAGGACUCAAUUCUCUUCCUUUUCCAGGGGCAUCCUUAGUUAUCAUGGCCCUGAAACAUAUAUUUACUUUCCUAGAACCUGUUCAUCUGCAAAGUACCCAGGCACAUCGUUUUUACAAGUGGAGACUCAGGGAAGCUUGAGUCUCUUAGAAACAUAAUUCUUUCUCUGCAAAAGUGAAGAUGUUUUAUUGCCUUGGGGCUGGGAAACCGUUUCCCUCGGCUUCCCCUGCCCGCCCUCCCUCUCUGAGGAGCAGUGCUGGCCUUAGUCCUGGGCCUCUCUGCUGCCUGCCUUUGAGCUCUGCUGGGUUUGAGGGUUUGUCCUCUUCCCACCCUCCUGGUACCUUUUUUUCUCUUGAUCAGUUUUUAAGGGGAGGGCUUAUCUUUUUUGCCUCUAUAUUUUUUUCCUAAGAAAGUGUUUGCCUUUCUUUCACUCUCCUAACAUAUCAAUCGUGGUAACAGAAUGCAACUGCUGAUUUAUCGAUGUAUUUAAUGUAAGUAAAAAAGGAAAAAAGAAAGUG